AUGAACCAAGUUCCUCUUCUUGAAGACACCAGCAGGCAUGGUUGUCGCCACUUUUGGGACGCGAACAACGCAUGGAUAUCCCCGUGUGCAUUGCCUUACCUUGCCAUUGCUCCAGCCACGGUCGCUGUGCUUAUUACACUCGGUCACCUACUGAGGCCAAUCUUUCGUCGAUGGAGGCCAACGUGGCUGCAUUCCUUCAUCUCUGAACAAGAUGAGCAGCAAGACAUUCCGCCCGACGGAGCGGAACAACCCCUUCACUGGACGGUCGCUUUACUGGGCUGUUCGGCUUUCGGUAUAUCAACAGAAACCCUGCAAUUGGUCCCACCAGGCUUUGAUAUCCCCUCCUUAAUUCUUCUCGUGUCAUGGACUGCAAUAUGUACUUUGAUCGCAAUCAAACGCCCAAGAUCAUGUUCCAUCUCGCUGCUGUCAUAUUUUCUCAGUGUAUCUGUUGUCGAGACGAUUCUAGCAGCGCAUUUCGAGGAUCGACAUGGGUCGAAAGUGAUUGCUCGCUACAUUUCUGCCGGAGCGUCAUUGGUUGGCUGUUGUACAAUCCUGUUGAUGCCCUUUCGAAACGCAUCUCUCCCAGUAUCUGACAUCAGUGGGGUGGGGCAAACACCGUCCGAUAAACUUCGCAGCCCAGAGGACAAUCUCCGGCUAUGGCAAUUUCUGACGGUCUCGUGGAUGACGCCUCUCAUAUCUCUCGGCAGGAAAAGACAAUUAAACGAACCCGAUAUCUGGUCCCUUGGCUUCGAAUUCCAGCAUCGCCGUUUGCAUGAAAAGUUUCGCCAAAUGAGGGGGUCGGUACUCAUUCGAGUACUCAAGGCAAACAGUGUCGAUGUCCUCAUCAUCUCUACAAUCGCGAUUGUGCAAUUGUUCUGCCAAUUCUCGAUUCCGGUGUUACUUCAGCCGCUAUUGCACGCUAUGCAAGAUGACAGGAAGUCCAAACGCGUACCCAUGACCUAUGCUCUCAUAUUACUAAUCAUUCGCUUGGUUGCUGCGCAGUCUCAGGUGCUUGGUCUUUGGUAUGGUCGCCGUUGUUAUGAAAGAUCCCGGGGAGAAAUGGUUAUGAUGGUCUACGAGAAAGCACUGUCACGAAAGAACAUCAUCGGCUUACGGGUUGACGGCGAACAGGUUGACGGGGAUGAUACAUCUGUUCCAGAGGUCGAGUUCACACCAAAGAAACCUAGUAUUUGGAAACGACUCGUUUCAAGGAACUCAAAAAAGAAACCCACCAUACUGAAAGAGCCUGCUUCUAUGGGCAAGAUCUUUAAUCUUCUCCGCGGUGAUGUUUAUGAAGUCGCUCAGCGAUUUUGGGAAGUUGAUACACUGAUUGAUGGCCCCGCGGGACUUUUUAUCGCGGUUGGGCUUGUUUGGGCACUUUUUGGGCCAUCGUGCUUUCUCGGCAUCCUAGCAAUUCUACUUGGCCAAGCACUCAAUGCAGUGAUCACUCGGACCCUGUUCCAGUGGGAGAAGACCAGACGAGCUGCGACCGAUAAUCGUUUACAAAUCACAUCUCAAUUUGUUGAAGCGAUCCGUCACCUGCGUUGGUAUGGGUGGCAAAACCACUGGCUUCGCCAAGUUAUGGAAGCCCGACAGCACGAGCUGAAUUUACGCAUAAUCACGAGUUUAUGGAAUAUUGUUAUCCGGUUUGUCAAUGCAUUUUCUAGUGGUGUCUUCCCAGUCAUCGCGCUAUAUGCCUAUACUAUGAUUGCAGGCCAUGAAUUACGCAUUGACACCAUAUUCCCUGCGUUGCAGCUAUUUGCGAUGUUAGAGAGUCGCCUACGCGACUUACCUAGGCUUAUAACAAGUUUGAUCAACGCCUAUAUUGCCCUCGCGCGAAUCGAAGACUUUAUGGCCGAGCCGGAUAAAGAGCAGCCUCCAAUUGGACGUCCAGUGGACGAUAUGAAUUUUGAGAUGCAAUCAUGCUCGUUCGCAUGGCCAGGAAAAAUAGCACCUGUGCUAAGUGACCUAAAUGCAAAAUUCCCCCGAGGGCUUACAGUUGUCACUGGAAAGGUGGGAUCUGGCAAGACAGCCCUUUUGCAGGCUUUAUUGGGGGAACUGGAUCUGCUGAGCGGCAAGCUUCAUAUCCCCAAUGAGAUGAUGGGGUACUGUGCGCAGACCCCUUGGCUACAAAGUAUGAGCAUCCGUGACAACAUUCUCUUCUCAGCCCCCUACGAAGAAGUACGAUAUAAGCACACCUUGGAAGCAUGUGCCCUUCUUCCAGAUCUUGCGCAGUUCAAGCAUGGGGAUUUGAGCUUCAUAGGCGAAAAUGGCAUAGGUCUCUCCGGUGGACAAAAGGCACGAGUGGCACUUGCCCGAGCGGUAUACAGCUCAUCACGGGUAUUGUUGCUCGAUGACCCUCUUUCCGCUCUGGAUCAUAACACUGCCGAGUUUGUUGUACGCAAGUGUUUGUCCGGCCAGCUGAUGCAGAACCGCACUAUUAUUCUUGUCACGCAUCGGACGGCUCUUGUCCAAGAGAUUGCAGACCAGAUUAUUCAAAUUAGCGAAGGAGGUGCCCUCGUUCACGACAAAAGUGCUAUAUCCAAGUCCAUCAAUCACACGUCUCACGAGUCCAACCCCUUGUUUCAGAACCUGGAAUCCGAUGAUCUUGAAGAUAUCAAUGUUGAAGACCAUGCAAAUGCUGUUCCAGACAAGUUUAUUGAAGAGGAACAUCGAGCAGAAUGGGGUGUUAAGGCUCGAGUCUAUUGGACUUAUAUCAAGGCUGGAAAGUACCGCUGGUGGCUGAUUCUGGUUUUGAUACUAACCAUAUACCGACUUGCUAAUGUCGGUCAAUCCUGGUUUCUCAAAGGAUGGGGAGAGGCUUACAAUGAUACAUCGGUUGCUCUCAAUGAUCUGCCUAGGUGGCGCGGAGCUGUACUUGGUGACAUCAUGCUAAAAUCUACGCCAACCGUCGAUAAAUACUUUCUGCCGCAAGAUCUAAUGUAUGAUCUGCCUUCCCCUCGUGAUGAUGUUCGCCCGUGGCUAUGGACAUUCUUUGCGAUUGCUUCAUUCCAAGCAGUUACUCUUCUUCUUGCACAGUUGCUGAUGCUGGUUAUCAUUUAUUCUGCUGGAAAAGCGCUUUUUCAACAAGUCAUGAAACGGGUCAGUCAUGCAACAUUCCGAUUCUUUGAUGUUACCCCGGUCGGCAGACUCAUGAACCGUUUGACCUCCGAUAUUGGGGUGGUGGAUGGCAACAUCAGUGAGCAAUUCCAGGUUAUCGCAUUCCAAGCAAUAACUUGGAUAUCCUCAAUGCUUGUAAUCGCAAGUACAACUCCUGCAUUCUUAGCUUCCGCACUUGCUCUCACCAUUGCAUUUAUAUUGAUAUUCCUAUGGUUUCUUCCAACGUCGCAAAGCCUUAGACGCCUCGAAAUGGUAUCCUUGACGCCUCUUCUGUCCAACUUCGGAGAGCUUUUACAUGGAUUGACCACGGUACGCGCUUUCCGUGCUGAGGGCCGCUUCCAAAAUCGUGUCAUCUCGGUUGUUGAUAAGUUUCAAGGAAUGGAUCACUUUUACUGGUCCCUUCAGGCCUGGCUCAUAAGCCGCUUUGAAACUUUAUCGGCAUUUUCCACAUUUUGUCUCAUUGGCUUGGCUUUGUACACGGAUACGACCCCUGGAAUGAUGGCAUUCGUGUUGAUCGCUGCGAAUAAUUUCGUCGAUUCAACCCACCAGCUUUGCAAGCAAUACGGGCAACUACAGAUGGACUUUGUUUCAGUGGAGCGCAUAGAUGAAUUACUUCAUAUCGAAGAAGAGUCUGCAGGAACCAUCGAACCCUCAGCUGCAUGGCCUACCUAUGGUAAAGACAUCGUCUUCGAGGAUGUGACCAUCCGAUAUGCACCACACCUCGAACCUUCUCUCACCGACGUGUCUCUCCGAAUACCUGGUGGAUCUACAGCUGCUGUAGUCGGACGCACAGGUAGCGGCAAAUCUACACUGGCAGUCUCUUUGCUCAGUGUAAUAAAACCGGAAACUGGUCGUGUUAUAAUAGAUGGCAUAAAUAUUGCAGAAGUCAGUACCCAAGCACUUCGAACAAGGGUUACCUUUGUCGCACAAGAUCCGAUCCUCUUCCCUGGAAGCAUUCGCCUCAACCUUGACCCUACAGAAGAAUUCUCAGAUGAGCAAUGCGCUGAGAUUCUAGACCGUCUCUGUGGCCGCCAUGGCUGGAGACUUGAUACGUACAUCGAGGCCGGUGGUAGAAAUCUGAGUCAGGGGCAGCGGCAGCUGAUUGCUCUCACCCGCGCUGUACUACGACGCAGCCCGAUCGUAAUUUUAGAUGAGGCUACGGCAUCCAUUGAUCAUGAAACUUCCCUUGAAAUGCAGCAGAUUGUUCGGGAAGAGCUUCAAUCGUCUACUGUCAUUACGAUUGCCCAUCGGAUAGAAGCUGUUAAGGAUGCGGAUUAUUUUAUUGUUCUAGACCAAGGACGCGUCGCUCGACAGGGUUAUGUCCGCGAUCUGUGA